AUGGGCGACGCAGGGCCACCGACACCGCCGCCAGGUUUGGUACAGGAUGGCACCGGAAGAGAUACGCUCGAGACAACGGAUGCGCCAGCAUUGAGGGAAGUGAGAGUUCUCGUCACUGGGUUCGGGCCCUUCAAAUCCUUCCUGAUUAACCCAUCAUGGCUCAUCGCCUCUGCACUCCCAGAGGAUCUCUUCCCCGUCUCCGGAAGUAAGUACAAGAUCAAACUCAUCGUCCACCCGUCGGCGAUCCGCGUAUCAUACUCGACGGUUUCGGAGACCGUGCCGGAGCUCAUCCGCCUGCACAACCCGGACCUCAUCCUCCACAUCGGCAUGGCCGGCGGACGAGACUGCUACUCGCUGGAGACGCGCGGGCACAGGGACGGGUACCGGAUAAAAGACGUGGACAACCUGGACGGAUACCUGUGCGGGGAAUGUAAAUGGAAACGGGACGGCGUGCCACCGCUGUUGUAUUGCAUGUGGGAUGAAGACGACGUGUUGAGUCGUUGGGAGGCCGGCGUGCAGAGGGAAUUGGUCGCGAGAGGGUUCUUGGGUCCCGUGGAUGAUGAAAAGAAGACGGAAAACACGACGCACCGAGAAAGCGAAGUCGGCACCAAUGGCGAUAAUGACGCGACGAGUACAGCUGCGACCACAAGUGCUACGGACCCAAGUACCACCUUUGCAAAGGGGAACAACGCCGCGCAUGACCAACCUCGAAUACAGACUCAAAACGUCGCGAGCGCGAAUGAUACCGUGACGGAGCGGAGGGCAGCAGAGAAUCGGAAGAGGUCUGUCGUCAAGCUGUCGAGAGACGCGGGCCGGUUCUUGUGCGAGUUCGCGUUGUUUUCGAGUCUGAGUUACAGGUGGUUGGAGGCGCGGAAGGAGGAGCAGGAGGAGAAGAAUGCACAGAACGAGGACAAAGUACAGGGUCAAGAGAGGCUCGGGAAAGUCGCCUUCUUGCAUGUCCCCGGGUGGACGGGCGUCGAAGAUGUCAAUCGUGGCGUCAUGGUUGCUGAAGAGGCCAUCAAGGCGCUGGUGGGUAGUUGGGAAGAUGGGCUACGAAGAAAGGAAGAGGGUGAGGGCGAGGGUGGAUUUACGACGCAGAAUAGUGAACUGAGGUGA